GGACGGAACCCGGGUUUCUCUCAAACCCGGAAUGUGAGGCCUGGGCCCGUCGUCCCCAGGUCCCUGUCCCGCUCUUCCCCGGGCCCUCCGCCUGCCGCCGCUGUCCCCCAACUCGCCCCAGAGGAGCCAGGGCGGCCGUGCCCUUCUGCCGGGUGCCCGCGUGGCUGCCGCCGCCCCUCGGAAUCGUCCGGGGCCGCCGAGGAGUUCGCUACGGAGGGAGGCGGGGGCCUUUGGGAGGAGGAGGAGGCGGUGGCGGCGGCGGAGGAGGGAAGGAAGAUGGCGGCCGUGGAACUAGAGUGGAUCCCAGAGACUCUUUACAACACCGCCAUCUCCGCCGUCGUGGACAACUACAUCCGCUCCCGCCGGGACAUCCGCUCCUUGCCCGAGAACAUCCAGUUCGAUGUUUACUACAAGCUUUACCAACAGGGACGCUUAUGUCAACUGGGCAGUGAAUUUUGUGAAUUGGAAGUUUUUGCGAAAGUAUUGAGAGCUCUGGAUAAAAGACAUUUGCUUCAUCAUUGUUUCCAGGCUUUGAUGGAUCAUGGUGUGAAAGUUGCUUCAGUCUUAGCCUACUCAUUUAGCAGAAGGUGCUCUUAUAUAGCAGAAUCAGAUGCUGCAGUAAAGGAAAAAGCCAUUCAAGUGGGCUUUGUUUUAGGUGGCUUUCUUUCUGAUGCAGGCUGGUACAGUGAUGCUGAGAAAGUUUUUCUGUCCUGCCUUCAGUUAUGUACUCUACAUGAUGAGAUGCUUCAUUGGUUUCGUGCAGUAGAAUGUUGUGUGAGGUUGCUUCAUGUGCGAAAUGGAAACUGUAAAUAUCAUUUGGGUGAAGAAACAUUUAAGUUAGCUCAGACAUACAUGGAUAAACUCUCAAAACAUGGCCAGCAAGCAAACAAAGCUGCACUCUAUGGAGAACUGUGUGCACUUUUGUUUGCAAAAAGUCACUAUGAUGAGGCGUACAAAUGGUGCAUUGAGGCAAUGAAAGAAAUCACAGCAGGCUUACCAGUCAAAGUUGUGGUGGAUGUUUUAAGACAAGCUUCUAAGGCUUGUGUUGUAAAACGUGAAUUUAAGAAGGCAGAACAGUUAAUUAAACAUGCAGUAUAUUUGGCACGGGAUCAUUUUGGAUCCAAACACCCAAAAUAUUCUGACACGCUGCUAGAUUAUGGUUUCUACUUACUCAAUGUAGAUAAUAUCUGUCAGUCUGUUGCAAUUUAUCAGGCAGCCCUUGACAUUCGGCAGUCAGUGUUUGGUGGCAAAAAUAUCCAUGUAGCAACAGCUCAUGAAGACUUGGCUUAUUCUUCUUAUGUUCACCAAUAUAGCUCUGGGAAAUUUGACAAUGCACUAUUUCAUGCAGAAAGAGCUAUUGGUAUCAUUACCCACAUCCUACCUGAAGAUCAUCUUCUUUUGGCUUCUUCAAAGAGGGUGAAAGCACUUAUUUUAGAGGAGAUUGCAAUUGACUGUCAUAAUAAAGAAACUGAACAGAGGCUGCUUCAAGAAGCUCAUGAUUUGCACCUAUCUUCACUCCAACUGGCUAAAAAAGCUUUUGGGGAAUUCAAUGUCCAGACUGCAAAACACUAUGGAAACCUUGGAAGACUUUAUCAGUCAAUGAGAAAAUUUAAGGAAGCUGAAGAAAUGCAUAUCAAAGCAAUUCAGAUUAAAGAGCAACUUCUUGGUCAAGAAGAUUAUGAAGUUGCUCUUUCAGUGGGACAUCUGGCUUCUUUAUAUAAUUAUGACAUGAAUCAGUAUGAAAAUGCUGAGAAACUUUAUUUGCGAUCUAUAGCAAUUGGGAAGAAACUUUUUGGUGAAGGCUAUAGUGGACUAGAAUAUGAUUACCGAGGUCUCAUUAAACUUUACAACUCCAUUGGAAAUUACGAGAAAGUGUUUGAAUAUCACAAUAUUCUGUCUAACUGGAACCGGUUGCGAGAUCGACAGUAUUCAGUGACCGAUGCUCUUGAAGACGUCAAUACCAGCCCCCAGUCCACUGAAGAAGUGGUGCAGUCCUUUCUGAUUUCUCAGCAUGCUGAGGGACCGAGCUGCUGAGGCCUGACCUCAGUUAACUAAUAUACCUUUUCCCAGAUUCCAGGGAAUUCAUACUGUGAAAUCAAAACCAUGUUGUUUUUUGGGGCUGGAAUUUGCAUUGAAACACUGGUCCAGUCCAUUGACCCUAUUUGGGUGAUCCCUAUCUUACAGAGUGUCCGUAGGUAUAAGCAUAUAUUCAGUUAUAUUCCGCAUGUACCGCAUGUAUAAGUAGUCUGGCCCAUAUUUUCAACUUAGUAGAACAAACAAAAGGAAUUUUUUUUUCUUUUUAAAUAAUUUUGCAGAAAGCCUGAAAGGAAAAAAGAACCCCUAAUAAAACUAUUUAAGAGUUUUAAGAGUUGCAUUCUUAUUAUGUAAGGAUGAUUUUAACAACUUUUUAACAUAUAAUUCUUCCUUAUGGAGGUAUUCAAUACUGUACUGUAAAGAAAUUUCAUGGGGAAAAUCUUUAUAUGCAGUAUAGAAAAUUAACAGAAGUACUAGUAGAAGAGGGACAUCCUGACUUGGGUUGGCUACCUAACCCAGAGAAGUGGAUACAGCCACUCCAGAGCUCUUACAAGGGAAGGGCUGUCAGAUUCAUCUGUACUGGACCAGUGUUGAUCUGUAAGUAAUAGAAAAGCUGAUAGGCCAGCAGUUUUAACUCUUGGUUUUUCUUUUCUUUUGGUACAACAAUGCAAGAUGCUCUUAUAACAUUUGCUAACAGGACCAGGAGGAUCUAAAAAGGACCAGCCUAAUGUAGGAAGGGUUAAAGGGUUAUUUGGACCAGCGGCUUUAGAUUAUAUUUUAGCCCCUGCAUUUACCUUUAUCGGUAGAAUGAUUUCACUUAGAUGUAUAAUGAAAAGUGAUAAUGCAAAAAUUAUAUUCAUGUAAUAGACACCAAACUUGGCAAUUUAAGUGGCAUGGCUUUAGUCAAGGUACACAGAUGGCAAUGCCAUAAGAAAGUCUGUAAUACCUGCUGCAUCCAUCCCCCUCAUUUUAAAUGUUACCCUAAUAAUCAGUGCGGUUAACAAGUAUACUGGCUAAGAGUCAUGAAAUUUCUCUUGUCCGGAUGAGAAUUUUAGGUUACUAUAUGGUUUGUAGGGAUUAAUAGAAAAAUGAAUGCCCCAAAUAAACAAGUCUUAGAAAUCUUUCAUUUUUAUGGUAAAGAUGGUACAACUAGGUCAUAUUAGUACACCUGGGUCAUUUUAUUUGAAAUUCAAGAGUCAAGUGGAAAAAUUCCCUAAUAUGUUUAUCUCACUAACUUGUUUUUUUUUUUUCUGUUUACUGGGUUUUGAUAUUUUUUAUAUAAGUCAGGUUGUUUAAUGUUGAGGUAAUAUUCAAAUUUGAGAAGUGUGACAUGUAGCAAUCCAAGCAACAAAAUGAUCUUUUGCUGUUACCUCAGUUCUUAUUAUAGUGGCCUAUUUUGUGCCUCUAUAGUUAAGAAUCAGGGUUUUCCCCCCUAUUUUCAGGGGUCCAUGACUUGGCUGUUAGAGAUGUUAUCCCUGGCUGACUGCCUGGGGUAGUCUAUGGGUGAGUGGAUGUGUGUUGAAUUUUGGUUUUCUUUUAACAUGCAUGUUGGGGUGGGAGGUGGGGAAUAUUUAAACUGUCCGUCACAUUCAAUACAGAAAAAUUAAUUGGAGAUUUCAGAUAAAUUUGAUUUUAAACACUUGUUUGAACUUCCCGAAUAUAACCUUGUUUAAAACUGUUACUUGCAGUCUUGUUAGUUAUGAGCCAGUAUUUUUUAAGUCCCCGGGAGGGGAUUGAUUGGGGGAGGUACCUAAUGAGAUUACACAAGCCCAGAUCCUAAGAUUAUAUCUACAUGAUUUUAAAACCUGUUUAUUCAAUUGUUUUCUUUUUUUUUUUCCUUUUUUAUUUUAUUUUAUUUUUUAAAUUACUUUAUUAAGGUAUCCCAUAUUUGUCAUCAACCCCCCCCCCAUUCCCAUCCCAAACCCCCCCACACGCAUGCCCCCAUCCCCCUGUUGUCCGUGAUCACUGGUUAGGCUCAUAUGCAAGCACACAAGUCCUUUGGUUGAUCUAUCUCCCUUGUCCCCACCCUCCCCUACCUUCCCUCUGAGGUCUGACGGUCUGAUCAAUGCUGUUCUUGUUCUUCAGUCUAUGUUGUUCAUCAUUUCCCCUAGAUGAGUGAGCUCAUGUGAUACUAGGAAUACACUUAUAGGAACCGAAAAUGAGACAAGCAAUAAUGGUUAUGCUGAGAGGCAAAUGAAUCAGUCUAUAGUGAGUUUCUUUCCGGGCCAACAGUUCUUUUGAGUCCCGAUUUCUAUGUCCAACAGUUGUUUAUGUGUACAUAACAGCAAUGAUAUUUCAGUUCUGGAUGGUGGACAAAUGGUGGUAAUGCAGGUCCGACCCUCUCUGGUUUGGUCCUGGGCAAUCUGCAGUGACGCACAUCUGCUGACUGCUAGUAUGGCAAGGCAUGGUCAGCGUCUUCCAUCUCUGGACUGUUUCUCUUCUGUCUUCAUGGCUGGAACAUUCCUGUCACUUCCUCUCUGUUGUAGGAAUCCACAUGGUCUCGGAGUUGUUUUCUGAAAAUAUACAAACAUAUUCUUGACCAAAAGUUAAUAAAGGAAUAUUUUCUAUAAAUUUGACUUGCGAUCCUUUUUCAUUUUUUUGCCCAAACGAUUUUCCUUUGGCUUGUUUUGACACCAUGUAUGUUUUACCUGGGUGUCUUGUUGUUAGCAUUACAAAUGAAAGUUAAUUUUCUAAAGUAAAAAUUUUCUAGAUGUAAUUUAUUUACAAGAUAUUUUUCCUUACAUGAUAUUCUUCUACUCUCCCCCUUUUUUGGUUUAAAUAUUGGGAGGCUUUUGCAAAUUUUAUGCUGUAAUCUUGAUAUCAAUUGUUUUCUUUCUAAUUUCUAAAAGAGUACAUUGGCACACCUGCACCUCCCCCCUCCCAGUUAAUUGCAAUCUAAUGCCAAGCGGCACCUCUUUAUUAAUUACCAAAUAGUCUGUGUGACCAAGGACUAACAUUUUUAAGUUUACUCAGCUCUAUCCUCAUGGGCCUAUAUAUUUAAUACCUCCAAAGAUAUUUUCAGGAUAGGCUUUGUAUACUUUUGUUGGUUAUUUAGAGUCCUGUGGUAUGUUUGUGGUAUAGGAAUGUCAUGGUAAAUUGUUUUUCAAUAAAUAUUUUGAAACAUGUUUCCAUAUGAAGUUUUUUUUAAAUCUAUAUUUUUGGGUUUUGUGCACAUAUAACAUUUCCUAGGAUAAAAUCAAGCAAAUGACUUAAGGCCUCAUUCAGUUUGAGCUUAACUUAGCUCAUAUUCUGUGAUAAAGCAACAUGAUACUAGGAGCCUAGGAUCGCAGCAUAAUAAUGUUAAGUGGCAGCCAGUUUUAUCUAAAAAAUAAAAAUCAUUAUUGGCAGUUUUCCCUUAUUAUCACUACUUUAAUGUAGUUUUCUGUCAAUCCAAGCACUUUGAUAUAAUGCAAAUACACUAGAUUGAGAAAAGAGAUUGUCAUCUUCUGUUAGUAAUGUAACUUAAUAUGCUAUUUAUGGUUCUAAUGAAGAAUACUACCCUAAUAAUUUAUAGUGUGGAAUGUUUAGAAUAAGUUAGAGAGGUAAAUGUCACCAUAAUUUCUAGAAUUUAAAAAAAAAAAAAUCUCCAAGGAAGUAAAGAAAAUUUAUCUCACAAUAACCAAUAGCUCUCACAAAAUUUUCUCAUGUGGUAGGAUUGUGUGUAAGGAAGCCUAGAUCAACUUAAAAGAUUUUUCUGGAAGUUCAAAGUAAUGUUAAAAAAAAAAGGGGGGGGGGCCUUUGGUCUCAUCCUCUCUGACUUUCAUUUCUCUUAUCCAGUCUUUUUCCUAAAGUUUGGUGCUACUCAAGUUGGGUGCAUCAGGGAGCUCUGUAACACUCAUGUGCCACACAGGUGGUCAGUCACUUCUGCAUCCAGUUUAAUGGAGCUGAAUGGGUUUUUUAGACCAUUAUUCUUAUGGGUCCGCAACACUGACUUUGCUCAAAGCCGUAGGACCCUUAUUACCAUAUCAAAGCUCUGUCUCUGCUUAAGAAUGAACUCACUGUUGCUUCAUAGUAAUCCCAACAUGCUUUCAUUUUUGAAAAAAAAAUUUGACAAAGACCUUUGCUUCUAGGCUGUUUGGGGAAGAGUUCAUAAUACGGUGAAGUACAGAGACUGCAACCUUAUAAAUAAUAACUGUUGCCACUUGGCUGCUCCUUCUAAUGCAAAUACUCAACAGUAAACAUGCCUAAAACAUAAUUGAAGCUUUUGGCCAUACUUUUGAAAGAAUUGUUUGCUAAGUAGCAGGUAUAGUUAACUGUCAGUUGGUAUUUAUUCUUUCCCCAGAAUAUGUAGCCUUGAUGCUUCCAAACUGCUUGUUGUGUUUUGUUUGUUUGUUUUUUCUUUUUUCUGAAUAGCAAAGUUACUACUGGAAAAACACUUAUUUAUAAUUAGUGCAAAUUUUUUAAGAGUUUCAUUUUGCUUUAAAAUUAACGUAUAUUUCAUCUCUUGGCUUUGGAGAACCUCAGAUCUGGUUAGGAAAUUCUUUAAAAUCUGACAUUUGGAUUAAUCUCCAGCUUGAACACUAGUAUAGUUGUAUUGUCCACAAAUCUCAGGAAUGUUUUAGGCAGAAAACUGGUUGUACCUUGUUGGUGAUCUGAAGGAGUGUACUUUAGGAUUUAUUAAAUAAUACCCUUCUUUAAUUGCAAUCCUAGGUAUCGAUAGCAUGAGUGGCCUUAGUGAGUUUGUUGAAGUGUACAUUUUUUCAAAAGUAAAAUUUAAGAUUAAAAAUAUAUGCUAUAUAUAGAUAUCUAGAAAACUUGGUUUGUGGUGCACAAGUUAAAUGUUGGAUCACUAAAUAACUGUUGCAGGUACCAUUUGUGUAACAUUACUCAUUUCUGUAUAUUCCUUUUAUGGGAAGAUAUGUUGCCAUGGUAACUAAAACUUUUCAUUUUAGUUCUACUUUUAUGAUGUGAAUGAAUGCUACAUUUUAUUAAAUAUUACCAGGUCAGUACUAUUUUUAUACUUUAUUAAGCAACAGGGGAUUUUAGUUUAACGGAUUAAAAAUAAAAAGCUCUUAAUGAAAUGAUUAAAAGCAAAUCACUAACAAUUCUUUACAUGAGAAUCCCCACUAAUAGUGCCACAAUAAUUUCUAUAGAAAUAUCUAAGGUCAUUGAUAGAUUUUUUUUUGGACAAUUCUUCAUUGUGUCAUAAUGACCUUUCAUAUCAUUCUUAUCACAAACUUGUAGUACCCACCAUUAUUUGUAACCAUUAAACCAUACUAAGUAUGUUUGUAACCAGCAUUGUGAUAUAUUCUGUACUUGUAUUGCUAAAAAUGAAUUAUUGACCUAAUAAAUAUAGUGUUCCUGCA